UCCCCGAUGCCAGGCGGGGUUGUGAUGCGGCCGUUGUUUUUGUAGGGUCGCGGUGAGGCUUGAGAAAGAGCGGCCCAUGGAGCCGGGGAGCGCUUGGAGGACGGUGUAACCCUCCUCUAUUCCAGCUCUUUUCCCCCGCUUUGUUAGCGCAAUAAAGAGGAAAGGGAGCGCUUCCCAGUACAAUAAUGGGAGCCCGGCUCCUUCCCCAUGGGCCGCCGAUGAGCAGCGGAAAGAAUGUCGGCGCGGGCCGCGGGUGACGUCAGGAGGGAGCAGCGCAGCGCGGCGGCGGUCAGGCAGCGGCAGCGGCGGCCCCGCCACGGCGAAGGAGGAGGAGGCGGAGGAGGCGGGAGCGGCGCCGGCCCCGCCGCCACCGCAGCGGCAAUGGCGGCCGUCGGAGAGCGCAGGUCCCUGCCCAGCCCCGAGGCGAUGCUGGGGCAACCCUGGAGCCAUUGGGUCGAUGCUGCUAAACUUCACGGGAACGACGGAACGGCGUUAGAAGAAAGUUUUAAGGAAUACGGACGGAACCGAGAAGCAAUGCGACUUUGCCGAGAAGAUAUGCCAAUAUUUGGUCUUUGCCCGGCUCAUGAUGAUUUCUAUUUGGUGAUGUGUAACCACUGUAAUCAGGUCGUAAAACCACAGGCAUUUCAAUCACAUUAUGAAAGAAGACACAGCUCCUCCAGCAAGCCACCUUUGACUCCUCCCUCCUCUUCAGUAUUUUCCCUCAUAUCAUCCUUCCCUGCAAAAAACAAAGGUAGCUGUGGAAGUGGGAGCAAUCGUUCAUCUAGUGGAGGUACUAGUGCAUCAUCAUCAAAUUCCAAGUUGUUGAAAUCACCCAAAGACAAGCUGCAGAUCAGCGGAAACAACAGGUUAAUGCAUUCGGUACAGCAUAGCAAAGUUCCCCAUGAUAAAAUUAUGACUCCAUCUGUCAAAGUGGAAAAGAUUCAUCCAAAGAUAGAUGGUGCCCAACUGAAAGCUGCUGUUGGUCCAACUUGUUCUACUACUGUGAGUUCCUCAAUAAAGACUGGCCUUAAUUGUCCCUCAAUACCAAAGCCACCCUUGCCUUCCCCUGGACAGAUACUGAAUGGUAAAGGUCUUCUCUCUGUGCCUCCGUUUUUGGAAAAGAAACCUGAAGAAAAUACAAAUAAUAGGAAAUUUUUACAUAAAAGAUUGUCAGAGAGAGAAUUUGAUCCUGAUAUAUACUGUGGUGUCAUUGAUGUGGAAACCAGGAAACCUUGUACUAGGUCUUUGACAUGCAAGGAGGAGGACCACAGAGAUGCCAAGCGGCCUUUUGGGCCACCAGUGGCAAAACAUCAGCGUCUCUGA